GCCGGGGAGGGGCGGGGGGAGGGGGGCUGGGAAAGUUGAGGCCGCGCUGCCGCCGGGUCUCCGGCCUUGAGGGCUCGGGCUCGCAGUGGCGGCGGUGGCCGCUAGAAGAGGCGGCGGGGGCGGGGGGAGAGGAGGGCCUGGGCCCGCGCUCCCCCAGCCCCAGAGAAGCAGGAGGCGGCCGCGGACGGAGAGAUUGGCCCGGGCGGUCGGACACCCCUGCGGAACCCGCUUGGGAUCAUGACCCAGGCUGGGGUCGCCGCUGCCGCCGCCACCGCGGCCGAGACCACGCAGCCAGCGGUAAGAAGAAAACAUAACUUAUAGACCAUCUUCUGGCAGAAGAUGAUAGAUUUGGAUCAGAAACGGGAGGCGUUGGAAGCCAGGAAUCAAAAGUGAAGAGAUUCUGCAAGCCCUUGGGUGAGAAAGGUUCCUAUCACUGUAACCAUGCCAGAAAUGACAGAGAAAGAGACUCCUACAAAAAAGCAGCACAGAAAGAAAAAUCGGGAGACACACAAUGCAGUGGAGAGGCAUAGAAAGAAGAAAAUCAAUGCUGGGAUAAACAGAAUAGGAGAGCUGAUUCCAUGCUCUCCUGCACUGAAACAGAGCAAGAAUAUGAUCCUGGACCAAGCCUUUAAGUACAUAACAGAAUUGAAAAGGCAGAAUGAUGAACUCCUGCUUAACGGAGGAAACAAUGAACAAGCUGAAGAAAUUAAAAAGCUACGUAAACAACUGGAAGAGAUUCAAAAAGAAAAUGGCCGAUAUAUUGAAUUACUAAAAGCAAAUGACAUAUGUUUAUAUGACGACCCCACAAUCCACUGGAAAGGAAAUCUUAAAAAUUCAAAGGUCUCUGUUGUUAUUCCCAGUGACCAGGUUCAAAAAAAUAUCAUUGUUUAUUCCAAUGGGAGUCAGCCUGGUGGAAACAGCCAGGGAACAGCUGUUCAAGGGAUAACCUUUAAUGUUGGUCAUAAUUUACAAAAGCAAACUGCCAAUGUGGUGCCAGUACAGAGGACUUGCAAUCUUGUGACUCCUGUGUCUAUUUCUGGAGUUUACCCUUCUGAAAACAAGCCAUGGCAUCAGACCACGGUUUCUGCAUUGGUUGCCAACCAGCCUGUUCCUCUUUGUCUUCCUGCUGCUCUUUCUGCUCAAAGCAUUCUCGAGCUCGCCACCUCCGAAAGUGAGGCGGGUGCGCCUGGUCCCACCAGCAGCUCACUGAUCGCGGUUCCUGUUGGGCCUGAACCACCCCAGCAUCCUUCAUUGCACGCAUGUCUAAAUGAUCAAAAUUCUUCUGAAAAUAAGAAGGGGCAAGAAAGCCCCCAAGUAUUGAAGAAAACGGUCCCUUGUGCCACAAGCAUUUCCUCCAGCUGCUCAGCAACUGCCACUCAAGGACAGCCUGGAAGCGAGUCCUGCCUGAGCACACAGGAUCGCAGAAGUGAUCUUCAAACCACCCUGGUUGUGUCCGUCACCACUGCAGUCUGCUCCCAGCCUCCCAGAUCUGCCGGUGAUUCUCGUGUAGCAAGCAGUAGCAAGGGUGCAGACUCCGCAAGUGUUACCAUGGUGGUGACCCCGUCUGUCCCUGGAGGAGGGAUGACCACCAUGCCUGUAAGCACCCUUUCUUCAAACCCUAUGGACAGUGGUUGGACCCUUUCUUGUUCUUUGCCUUCUUCAGCUGUCAGUGCUUCAGAUUUGAAAAACAUGAAUAGCCUUACCCGAAUUUCCUCAGCUGGAAACACACAGACGACGUGGACUACUUUGCAACUGGCGGGAAACACUAUUCAGCCCUUAAGCCAGACACCAUCUUCUGCUGUGACCCCGGUAUUAAAUGAGUCUAGCACUAGCCCCACGACAGCCAACCACAGUAGAUGUGUGGCUCCAGGCAUCAGCUUGAAUAAUUCCUUUCCAGCAGAGGGGCAGCCAGUUGAGCAAGUAGUUGUAACCUUGCCUUCCUGUCCACCUUUACCUAUGCAGCCACUGAUCACCCAGCCACAAGUUAAAUCUCAGCCUCCAAAAAGUAUCCUCCCAUUGAAUUCCGCCAUGCAGGUGAUUCAGAUGGCUCAGCCAGUGGGGUCGGCUGUUAAUGCAGCUCCUGCUAAUCAGAAUGUUAUCAUCCUUCAACCACCCAGCACCACCCCGUGCCCAACAGUGAUGAGGGCAGAGGUUCCCAACCAAACAGGAGGUCAGCAGAUAGUCAUCAUCCAGGCAGCUAACCAGAAUACUUUGCCACUUCUCUCUGCUCCACCUCCUGGUUCUGUUCGACUCCCUGUCAAUGGAGUCAGUGCUAUUAUAGGGUCUAACAAUUCAGUGCAAAAUGUUUCCACCCCGCAGACUUUUGGAGGAAAGCACCUUGUCCAUAUAUUACCACGACCUACAUCUUUAUCAGCAUCAAAUUCCACACAAACUCUUUCUGUUACUGUAUCCAGCCAACAGCAGCCUCAAACCAUUUCUUUAAACGGACAGCUCUUUGCUUUGCAGCCUGUGAUGUCUUCAUCAGGAACUACAAAUCAAACCCCUAUGCAAAUUAUUCAGCCCACCACCAGCGAAGAUCCAAAUACCAAUGUUGCCCUGAAUACGUUUGGCGCUUUGGCCAGCCUCAAUCAAAGCAUAUCGCAGAUGGCUGGGCAAAGCUGUGUACAGUUGUCUGUUAGCCAGCCAGUCCAUCCUCAAACUGCUGCAAAUAGUCAAAUUACCCCAGCUAACUGUAUUUCAUUAACAACUGUAGCACCUCCCGUGACAACAGAUAAUUCAGCCACACUACCCAGUACUUAUAACCUAGUGACUACUCCCUCAGUGAACACUGUGGCUUGUUUGCCUAUCACAAAGGCAAAAAGGUUGAAUAAGAAGCUGGGUGUCAAGAAACACUUAGCCGCUAACAAGUCAGCCUGCUCCCUGAAUCCAGUCAGAGAUGUGGGCAAGUCAGAUGGCCCCAGCACUGAAGGUUCCGCAGAGCCAUCAUGUAAUGAUGAACUUCUGGAAAGCCUCCCUGGUGUGUUACCAUCUGCCACUGUGUCCCAGACAAAUAGUGUAAGUGUUUCUGGUUCACAUUCUUUGAAUGUUCUGAAUUCUGAAUCAGUGAUGCCUGAGUCUGUACCCAAAUCUAAGUCAGCGGAAGAGUCUAGCUCACCCUCCCAAGAAUCUGUAACAAGUGAACAAUUUACAAUGGCCCCAGCAAAAUCCAAAGAUUCUCUCCCCAUUUCGCAACAAGAGACAUCUCAGGAUAAGCCACCAAGUAGUUUGGCGUUGCCAGAAGCUGCCAGAUCCCGCAUGUCAGCCAACGUGUUGAUUUCCUCUGCGAAUGAUGCCCCCGUUUUGGUCUCUCAGGUUUCUCAUUUGUCAUCUACCACAAGCACUACAAGUACUGACUGUGUUUCUGAGGUAGAAGUCAUUGCUGACCCUUGCAGGGUUGAGCAAGAGUCAUCAGAUACAGUACAAACCACAGGUCUCUUAAAGGGGCAAGGUUUAACUGUACUGCUGUCUGGUCUUGCUAAAGAAACAGACCCUCAGAAAUCAUCUCUUUCAGUCCAGGUGGACCAUCCUGACUUUUCUUCAGAAAAUUCUAAAAUAGUUGAUUCAAAUGUUGAAUUGCAUCCCAAACAGGAGCUAUUACUGAUGAGCAGUGAUGAUAGAGAUCCAGGACAGCCUCAUUCCUGCAUCCCUGACCAGGAGGUUAUUAAUGGUUCUUUGCUCACCAGUAGGCAGGCUGACUCUCCUAUGUCAACCAGCUCUGGCAGCAGUCAUAGUUUCUCAGUUGCAUCUAUGCUUCCUGAAACAGCCAGAGAGGAUGUCACCAGCAAUGCAACGACUAAUACAUGUGACAGCUGUACCUUUGUGGAGCAAACUGAUAUAGUUGCUCUUGCAGCACGAGCUAUUUUUGACCAGGAGAACCUUGAGAAGAGAAGAGCUGGUACCCAGGUACCAGCUGAUAUACGGGAAGUUCCUUCAAAGCCUUCUGAAGCAUCCUCUUUAGAGGGAGACCAGCCUUUCAAAACACAGAUAUCUAAAGAGAAUGGUCCAGGACAGGCAGAAGCAACACCAAAUGAAUUUAAUUCUCAGGAUUCAGUUGAAGCCACUGUGGAUAGGCCCCUUGAAAAACCAAGUUGUUCUAUAGGAAUGAAAACAUCAAAUGCCUCUUUACAGGUUUCGACUUCUCAGCCAACAAGCAUCACCAGUUUAAGUGUGAAUAACCUUAUCCACCAGAGUACCCUCAGCCAUCCUCUGGUCAGUUGCACUGGUUUAUCCCAAACUUCAGAACAAACAACUGUUCCUACAACAGUGAAUCUGACAGUUUCAUCUGGCUCCUACGGCAGUCAGCCUCCUGGACCAUCCCUGAUGACCGAAUACUCCCAAGAACAGCUAAGUACUAUGGCUGGUACCGUACCAAACACACCAAUUCAAGAGCCACUCUUAAAGCCAAGUCAUGAAAGCCGUAAAGACUCUGCUAAGCGUGCUGUCCAGGAUGACCUUUUACUGUCUUCAGCUAAACGUCAGAAGCAUUGUCAGCCAGCCGCCCUCCGGCUUGAAGGUCUGUCCCUGAUGAGCCGAACUCCAGACAGCAUUUCCGAUCAAACUCAAAUGAUGGUUGGUCAGAUCCCUCCCAACUCUUCAAACUCAGUUGUGCCUAUUAGCAACCCAGCACACGGGGACGGCCUCACCCGAUUAUUUCCGCCUAGUAACAACUUUGUGACCCCCGUGUUGAGGCAGACCGAGGUUCAGUGCGGUUCGCAGGCUUCCAUUGCUGAGCAGCAGCCAGCCCAGGCUAGCCAACAUCUGCAGGCCCUGCAGCAACAUGUUCCAGCUCAAGGGGUACCUCACCUGCAUAGUAACCACCUCUACUUAAAGCAGCAGCAGCAGCAGCAAGCAGGGCAGUUGAGAGAGAGGCAUCACUUGUAUCAGCUGCAGCGUCAUGUACCUCACGCAGAGAGCUCUGUCCACUCUCAGCCCCACAGCGUCCACCAACAGAGAACUCUGCAACAGGAAGUUCAGAUGCAAAAAAAGAGGAAUCUUGUUCAGGGCACUCAGGCCUCUCAGCUGUCUUUACAACCCAAGCAUCAUGGAACUGACCAAUCCCGACCCAAGAGUGGUCAGCCGCACCCACACCAUCAGCAGAUGCAGCAACAGAUGCAGCAACACUUUGGAAGCUCCCAGGCAGAGAAGAGUUGUGAAAACCCUUCCACCAGCCGGAACCAUCAGAGCCAUCUCAGUCAAGAUAUUCUGCACCAGCAGGAGGUGGGAAGCCGGCAGCAAGCUCCAGGGGUUUCUUCUGAACACGUAUCUGGGCAUAAUCCAAUGCAGAGGCUGUUGACAUCAAGAGGCAUAGAGCAGCAAAUGGCAUCCCAGCCGAGUAUUGUGACGAGACCUUCAGACAUGACCUGCGCUCCACACAGACCGGAGAGAAACAGAGUUUCUAGUUACUCUGCUGAGGCACUCAUUGGAAAAACAUCUUCUAAUUCAGAGCAGAGAAUGGGUAUAUCAAUUCAGGGUUCCAGAGUUUCAGAUCAACUUGAAAUGAGAAGCUACCUUGAUGUGCCCAGAAACAAGAGUUUAGCCGUUCAUAAUAUGCAGGGUCGUGUGGACCAUACUGCCUCAGAUAUCCGCCUUUCUGACUGUCAGACGUUUAAACCAAGUGGAGCCAGUCAGCAGACCCAGAAUAAUUUUGAAGUACAGUCUUCAAGAAAUAAUGAAAUAGGUAACCCUGUAUCAUCCUUGAGGAGUAUGCAGCCCCAAGCUUUUCGUAUUAGUCAAAACCCUGGUCCACCACCAGUCGACCGCCAAAAGCGAUUACCUUAUCCACCAGUUCAGAGCAUCCCAACAGGAAAUGCUGUCCCAACAAGGGACAAUGAAAAUACAUGUCACCAGAGUUUCAUGCAGAGUUUACUUGCCCCUCACCUGGGCGAUCAGGUCAUUGGGAGUCAGAGAUCCCUUUCAGAACAUCAGAGGAAUACACAGUGUGGUCCCUCCUCUGCAAUUGAAUAUAACUGUCCCCCGAGCCAUGAAAGUGUCCAUAUUAGAAGGGAGAGUGAGAGUCAGAGUAGGGAGAGCUGUGACAUGUCCCUGGGUGCAAUUAACACCCGGAACAGCACCUUGAAUAUUCCGUUUUCAAGUUCUUCGUCUUCAGGAGAUAUUCAAGGUCGAAACACGAGUCCCAGUGUUUCUGUACAGAAAUCCAAUCCCAUGAGGAUUACUGACAGUCAUGGGACCAAGGGCCACAUGAACCCUCCAGUCACAACCAACAUGCACGGGGUUGUAAGGCCAGCUUUGCCGCAUCCGUCUGCGUCUCACGGAAAUGCUGACCAAGGGCCUCCUGUACGUCAAACCAGUUCUUCAGUUCCCCAGCGAUCAAGGCAUCCAUUGCAAGACAGCAGUGGUUCCAAAAUUCGUCCACCUGAAAGGACUCGCUCUGGAAACCCAAGACAUAGCAAUGUCUUUGAUCCAAGUCUUCCUCACCUUCCUCUGUCUACUGGUGGCAGUAUGAUUCUUGGACGCCAACAACCUGCUGCAGAAAAGAGAGGAAGUAUUGUUCGUUUCAUGCCGGAUAGCCCACAAGUACCUAAUGAUAAUUCAGUGCCUGACCAGCACACGCUAUCACAAAAUUUUGGUUUUCCUUUUAUCCCUGAGGGUGGCAUGAACCCACCAAUAAAUGCUAAUGCUUCUUUCAUUCCACAGGUUACUCAGCCUAGUGCCACUCGAACCCCAGCCCUCAUCCCUGUGGAUCCCCAAAAUACUCUCCCCUCCUUCUAUCCUCCAUACUCUCCUGCUCAUCCCACACUGUCCAAUGAUAUUUCAAUCCCCUAUUUUUCUAAUCAAAUGUUCUCAAAUCCCAGCACAGAGAAGGUAAACAGUGGAAGUUUGAAUAACCGAUUCGGAUCAAUUCUGUCUCCUCCCCGACCUGUUGGCUUUGCUCAACCAAGUUUUCCUCUUCUCCCUGACAUGCCCCCAAUGCACAUGACCAACUCUCACUUAUCCAAUUUUAAUAUGACAUCUUUGUUUCCAGAAAUAGCUACAGCUCUUCCUGACGGCUCAGCGAUGUCCCCUUUGCUUACAAUAGCAAAUGCCUCUGCCUCAGACUCUUCCAAGCAGUCCUCCAACAGACCUGCCCACAACAUAAGCCAUAUCUUAGGUCAUGAUUGCAGUUCAGCUGUUUAAAUACAGAUUGACUUAACAUAAGUGUAACGAGUGAGAUUACAAAUGUAUCUCUGUGUGUGUUCACACGUACAUGCACAGGAAGAGAGAGGUUGUGUGAGUGUAUCUCCUUGUGUUUGUCUAAUCAGUUGCCAGUUAUCUUCUGAAUGUAGGGAAGCCAUGUCAGAGAUUAGUUGCAUACUAGGUUGUAAAAAAAAAAUUAUCUUUCAUUUUUAACUGCACAGUGUGUGCUUUAAAUUUCCCAAGCAGACUGACAUUUUCAGGUUUGAUUUUUAAUCUGACAUUCUCUAGAUACUAAUCGACUGGAAGUUGGGGGACGUCAUCUUGGCAUGUCCUGGGUAGUAGGAAGGAGCCUAGAUUUUAAAUUUGAUUGUUGGUAAUUUGUAAAAUAGAUAGUUGAGAUAGUUGAGUUGCUCUCCAACAAUACAGAAAUUUCAAUAGAACACAGUGGCUCGUAACCAAAUGCCGGCCAAGUGUAUUCUGGAAUAGUCUCUUACCCAUGGCAGGUGUUGAAUUAAUGUAGAAUGAAUGUCCAUGAUUCAAGUCAAGCAGUUAGCAAAUAGGUGAGUUAUUGAAUCAACCUUUAUUCCUAAGGUUUGGUUUAGGUAGAAGCUUCUUCCUUAAUUAUAACAAUUCAUAAAUUAUCUGAAUUCCAUGUCUUGUUUUCCAAAUUAGGGAACCAUCAGUUCAGUUCAGUCGCUCAGUCAUGUCCGACUCUUUGCGACCCCAUGAAUCACAGCAUGCCAGGCGUCCCUCUCCAUCACCAACUCCCGGAGUUUACCCAAACUCAUGUCCAUUGAGUUGGUGAUGCCAUCCAACCAUCUCAUCCUCUGUCGUCCCUUGUCCUCCUGCCCUCAAUCUUUCCCAGCAUCAGGGUCUUUUCAAACGAGUCAUCUCUUCGCAUCAGGUA